AUGGGCUUCCUGCGGAGGCUCCAGGCCCUGGCCGAGCGCGGGGCGUCGGCCGAGGAGCUGGAGGAGGAGCUCGGCGAGGCGUGGUUCCUCUGCACGGGCAUGGCCUUUGCGCUCGAGGUCCUGGCCGCGAACAGCCGCGUCUGCGGGGACUCUGGCUGCAGGGCCGCCCUGGCCUUUGAGCAGCUGCAGCUGGACGUCGUGGGCUCACGGGUCCGUGAACAUCUCCUUCUCGGAGGCCGUUCAGCGGUGGAAGGAAGCGAAGGCGAACGAAUUAUCCCUCAGCGGGAUCCUGGGUCUGGUCGGCAGCUGGAUCAGCUGCACUUCCAUGCGGCAGGACGAUUCGGCAUCGCGUCCCAAACUGUGAAGUUUUUGUUCAUCUGUGGUGAUGGCAGAGUUUUUUUUUGCUCCUCUCCCGGUCCACCUUGCCUCCUAAAAUGUGGAUGCUUCCCAGCGGUGCCCCUGGCACGCACGUCACGGCCGCACGUCGCGUUGAAUGCAGGCCCUGCGUCAGCCGCAGUGCGCCAACCAGCGCGCACGUGGCGUUGGCCGUUGAGCCUGCUUCAUCGCGUGGGCGGGCCCCAAAAUGAGGGCGUCAGCUCCGAGGAGUGC